AUGGGCUGGACCUGCGUGCAGUGCACGUUCCUCAACGCCAACGACGCGGUCGCCAACUGCGGCGCCUGCAACGCCAUCCGCAUGCUGCAGUGCCCCACCUGCAAGGGCGAGAUCAAGUACGGCAAGCGCCUGCACGUGAACGGCAAGACGUACCACCCGGACUGCUUCUGCUGCUCGGGCUGCAAGCGCCCGCUGCCCAGUCGCUUCCAGGUCGUGAACGGCGGCAACUACCACCCAGAGUGUGCGCCCAAGCCCAAGACCACCACCAAGACGACCACUACGACCAGAGUCUCUGGAGGGGGAAGCAACGGCAGCAGCAAGCCCGUGCAGAACGAGAACCGCAGCAGCAAUGCCAACGUCAAGGUGAACGGCAGCGUCAAUGGAAACUCCAAUGGCAAAGCUACGGCCAAUGGCGCUGGUUGGAACUGCCCCACGUGCACCUUCUUCAAUGCGAACGACGCAGCCCCGACCUGUGGAGCUUGCAAUGCAAUCCGCAUUAUGCAGUGCCCAGGCUGCAACGGCGAGAUCAAAUACGGACCACGGGUCAAUGUGAGCGGUAAAGCGUACCACCCGGACUGUUUCCGUUGCGCCGCGUGCCACAGCAAGUUCUCUACUAGCAAGUUUCAAGUCAAGGACGGCGAAUACUAUCACCACGAGUGCUACAAGCAGCUCUACCACCCGCGCUGCGAUGUCUGCGAGGAUUUUAUCCCGUACCAACCGGGGACGCAGAAGAUCUCUUUCAAGGUGAUGCCCUUCUGGGACCUGAAAUACUGCGCCGAGCACGAGAAUCGCGAUCGUUGCUGCAGCUGCCAGCGUGUUGAGCCGACUAUUCCAGGGCGACAGUUCCACAGUCUCAGUGACAACCGCAAGAUUUGCCAUGAUUGCUGCAAGUACCUGGUGCUUGACUCGAACGAGGCUCAAAGUGUUGUGAAGGAGGUGUGGAGUUACAUGCGGGACAUCGGUAUCAACCUUCCUGAGAUCCCGGUUUACCUGGUAGAGUCUCCCGUCUUGAAUGAGCAAUGCAAUGCCCACAAGAAGACGGACACGCUGAUGAAUGGCAACAAACCCGUGAAAGGCCAUGUAACUCGCGGUCUUUGCCUGUCGGAGGUUUCCCAAAUCCGACACAUGGUUCGUACAGGGAAGCACGCAGCUCCUCGAGUGGCCUCCAUCCAGAAGACCCGCUCAGUGAACGCGAUCCUGAUUCUGCAUGGGCUGCCGUACGACCUCACGGCUUCGGUCCUGGCUCAUGAAGCCACCCAUGCGUUUAUCAAGCUCAGCAACAACUUUCCUGACCACAUUCCACCGAAGCACAUGAUGGAGCGUAAAGACUCCAAGGAGCGCACGUACGAGGGUCGACUGCGGAAGUUUUACAAGCAGCAACUCGAGAACGACACCUCGCCGGUUUACGGUGACGGGUUCCGCGAAGCGUACGAGGCCUACAAACGCGUGAACUCACUGCAACGAAUGUUUGACGCCAUUCGCCACCACGCGUCGUUCCCCUGA